GAGAGAGAGCAAGGUCAGCUGAUUCCGCGAAGAAUUUGUGUCAUAUCAGGGGACCCUCGGAAACUUCUAGAGUCCCACAGAGUGCAUGUUUGGGUUUUGUUCCCCACUGGUCUUAAAUGGAGGAUAGCAGAUCUCUUUGAUAAUCGAAACGUCAGACAUGCUGUGACCAUAUGUGCAAUUUGCUUAAUGAUUACAGCAGUGAUUGAAGAGUCACUAAGGACUGUAUGAGAACACAAUAAGGACUCUCUCAGGAUGUCAGAGGAGACUGCCGACGUGUUGAAGAGCAUCCAGAAGAAGCCUGGACUGCAGAUAUGGACCAUCAAUAGCAUGAAGAUGGUUCCUGUGCCUGAGCAAGCCUAUGGGAAUUUCUUUGAGGGGGAUUGCUACAUUGUCCUUCAUGUGAGUCACGGCUCCCCUCAGCGCACUGACGUCCACUACUGGAUUGGGAACGUGUCCUCCCAGGACGAGCAAGGAGCGGCCGCCAUCUAUGUCACCCAGCUGGACGAGUUCCUGGGGGGCAGCCCAGUCCAGCACAGGGAGGUGCAGGCCAACGAGUCGUCCAAGUUCAAGAGCUACUUCAAGACCGGACUUGUCUACAAGAAGGGUGGAGUGGCCUCUGGGUUCCAGCACGUGGAGACCAACGCUUUCAACAUCCUCAGACUGCUGCACGUCAAAGGGACCAAACACAUCAUGGCCACUGAGGUGGACGUGUCCUGGAACAGUUUUAACAAGGGCGACAUAUUCCUGCUGGAUAUGGGCAAAGUGAUUGUGCAGUGGAACGGUCCUCAGAGCAACAGGAGAGAGAGACUCAAGGCUGUUCUCCUGGCCCAGGAUAUCCGGGACAGGGAGCGCGGUGGUCGGGCUCAGAUCGGCGUGGUGGAGGGGGCACGUGAGGAGGAGUCUCCAGAGCUGAUGAAGGUCAUGAAGGCCGUGCUGGGCCAGAAGUCGGGGCCACUGAGAGACGCCACUCCUGACGACAGGCCAGGCCUCAACCAGAUGGCUGGCAUCAGGCUCUACAGUGUUUCAGAUGCAAGUGGGAAGCUUAUGGUGCAGGAGGUGGCCAGUCAGCCACUGACUCAGGAUCUGUUACGUUCUACCGACUGCUACAUAGUAGACCAGGGGGGCAUGCAUGUGUUCGUAUGGAAGGGGAAGCACGCGUCUAAAGAUGAACGCCGUUCUGCUCUCUCCAGGGCUGUGGGAUUCAUCAAGGCUAAAAACUACCCGUCUAGUACCGGUGUGGAGGUGAUGGCAGAUGGAGGGGAGUCGGCCAUGUUCAAGCACCUCUUCAAGUCCUGGACUGAGGAGGGUCAGACGCAGGGUAUGGGGAGAACCUACUCCAUCGGCAAGAUAGCUAAGGUGGACCAAGUCAAGUUUGAUGUGAUGGAGCUUCAUGCUCGCCCUGAAAUCGCAGCGCAGGAGCGCAUGGUGGACGAUGCCUCAGGAGAUGUGAAAAUCUGGCGCAUCGAGAAUCGGGAACUUCAGGAACUUCACCCCAGCUCUUUCGGGCAGUUCUUUGGAGGAGAUUGCUACCUUGUCCUGUACACCUACAUGAGGGCCAACAAACCACAGUACAUCCUCUACAUGUGGCUGGGACGCCACGCCACCCAGGAUGAGAUCACGGCUUGUGCCUAUCAGGCCGUUGCCGUGGACAACAAGUACAAUGGAGCUCCCGUUCAGGUCAGAGUGACCAUGGGCAAGGAGCCACGUCAUUUUCUGGCCAUCUUCAAGGGCAAGCUCAUCAUUUUUGAGGGUGGCACAGGUAAGCCAGGGGUCGUGAACCCCUCCACCGAUGCCAGGCUCUUCCAGGUAAAGGGCACACAUGAGUUCAACACCAAGGCGACGGAGGUGCCCGCUCGCGCGUCCUCCCUCAACAGCAACGACGUGUUUCUCCUGAAGAGCGACCGCAUGCUGUACCUGUGGUAUGGCAAGGGAUGCAGUGGGGAUGAGAGGGAGAUGGGGAAGUAUGUAGGUGGUGUUCUGUCCAAGCAGGAUAAAGAGGUGGUGAUGGAGGACCAGGAACCGGCUCAGUUCUGGGUGGCCCUCGGGGGCAAGGCCCCCUACGCCAGCGACAAGAGGUUCGAGAAGGAGGAGCCUGCCCACAGCCCUCGGCUGUUCGAGUGCUCCAAUCAGACGGGCCGGUUUGUCAUGACGGAGGUGCAGGACUUUGCCCAAGAUGACCUCGACGAGGACGACGUCAUGCUGCUGGAUACCUGGGAAGAGAUCUUCUUGUGGAUUGGCAGGUCGGCCAACCAAUACGAAACUGAGCAGGCUUGCAACAGUGCGCUUGAGUACCUGAGGACACACCCAGCUGGACGGGACCCUGAGACGCCAAUCAUCUCAGUCAAGCAGGCUUACGAACCUCUGACGUUCACCGGCUGGUUCAACGCUUGGGACCCCCACAAGUGGAGUGGAGGCCAGUCCUAUGAGGACAUGAAGAGAAAGCUGGGCGAUGUGGCCUCCCUCUCCCAGAUCACUGUGAACCUGAACAACGCCAGUCUGAACAAGAGAUCUGAGGGCGGCGGGGGCAAGUACAGUGCUCCAGGUGGCCCAGUCAGUGUCAGCCCUCCCCCUGCCUACAAACCCCAGGGGCCACGGAGCCCAUCUUACAAUACCAGUGCUCACAUGUCCAUCAGUAGCUCCAACAGCGGCUCCAACAACAGGAACUCUGGGACAUGGAGUCCUGACCAGAUCCUGAAUAAAGCCCCAAGUGAGCUGCCCACGGGCGUUGACCCCAGUAGGAGAGAGGACUACUUAUCGGACGCCGAUUUCGAGGGUCUUCUGGGCUGCACUAAGGGUGACUUCCAGCGCUUGCCCAUGUGGCGACAGAACGACCUCAAAAAGAAGGCGGGGCUGUUCUGAGCGUAAUCCAAUCUCCUUAAAAGGGCACGUUAGAGAGAUAGUACUUAUUUAUGUUUGUUGUACGUUGCUUGGAAUUGAAUCUUAAGAAUUGAGUCACUGUUUGACAGAUACCACAAAUUGCAUUAUUUAUCUCACAAAGGAGUUUGUAUCUUACUGAAUCAGCAUGAGGACUAUACACAACUCACUGUUUGUACUGUGUAUCUUAGAUUUGCAGAAUGGCAUUCAUAUCUAGUAUAGCUGAGAUUUGCACCUUCACAACGGAAAUAUUCCGUUUAAUCACAGUGUGCUGCUUUGUUUCAGACUCACUGUCCUAGUGGUUAUUACUAGUCACUAUUUUGAAUCUCAUCAUUAACUAAAUAAAUCUAAUACUUUAUUAUACAUAUUUGAAUUAUAUAUAAGCCUUUAAAUUGUUGUUGCUGACAGCUGUGCCCAGAUCAGAGAGUUGUUGUAGUCCAUUAAGACUGUUUAAGAAAUAAAAUUUGUUUAGGCAUGCAA